GUCCGCCAUUUUGGAGAGAGGGGCGAAGCAUUGCUAGAACGAACAUCGCAGUUAUUCGCUCCAUUUUAUCAAAGCAAGGAUUUUUAUGCGAAAGGCGCCAUAGGAUACCAGGCAAAGUAUGCGCUGUUUCAUUCUCAAGUAACUUUUAACGCGUUUUGUGGCGGAGAUCGAGUGCCAAAGCUUUGUUUCGAAAUCUUUUUUUAUGCACUUCUCAGGCACGCGGUCUCACUGCAUCGCAGCCUUCCUUACUUGUAAGCACAUUUUCUAUUGAAUGGUAAUUUAUAUCAGUUUCAGUGUGUUCAGUUGCAGUCCGUAACGCCUAUGUAGUAUGAGCAAUUUCGUUUAAACUGUUUUCAGUUUGUUUUGUGCGUGUCUGCUUGCUAGCUUUCAUGUGCUAUUUGUCUGCGAGGGUUCGUCGCUCCUAGAUGAACGGCUUUAAAGCUUCGAAGGUGCUUUUUUGAAGUUCUUUUAGGGGGAAACCGUUUAGAGGUUGCAAAAGUAAUUAAAGCACUUUUUCUAUAUUGCUGAUUCUGGAGACAGUGCGCGUUUCUUGUUCGGCAAGUUAUCUCAUAGACUAUAAAGGCCUCUUAGCGGUCGAGGAAGCUUUUAAGCGUAACUUAUAAAGCUUUUUAGUGUGAGGCAACCUUAGAAAACUCUUUGUUUCUAUUUAAAUAAACGUUUGUUCCUUUUGACUCUUCUUUUGUUAAGUGGUUUGUAAGGCUCCGUGAUGUGGGCAGCUAUUCGUUUUUUAAUAUUUAAUCCAAGCACCCUUUUAUUGAGUCUCGACAGCUACAUCUCUUCUGCAAAUAUUGUUUUUCCUAACUUUUUUAAUUUUGCGCUUCCGUUAUGCAGCUUUCCAGUACGCCCGAUAGUGAUUGCGUGGCGCAAAGCAGCAGUGAGUUGUACGCAAACAGAAACCUCGCAGCAGGUUUGCAACAGACAGCAUCUCGACAGCAUUUGCAGCGAUUGCCUCUGAUUCUAAAUAUCUGGGGAGCGCUGUGACUGUAAGCAUUGCAUUUGACUGAUUGCAAAGCGCCUAAUACUGUUAACAGUUGAAAUCUGUUCAAAGCUCCUAUUUUAUCAUGGAUAUGUCGCAGAAUUCAGAAGAUAAUGAUACCAACAACAACUCAACAGGCAGAAACCAAGAAGAAAUUAAAGACUCAAUCUGUCGUGAUUACCAGCGUGGCGUUUGUACUCGUGGUUCCAAGUGCAAAUUUAAGCACCCCGAUGGCAUGGGUACGGAACUGUCAAACAGCCCAAUGAUCUGUCGAGAUUACCAAAAUGGAAAAUGCUCACGUUCCACUUGCAAGUACUUGCAUAUGACCAAUAAUGAAGAGAAGAUAUAUCUGCGCACUGGUCAAAUGCCGCCAAGACGUGAAUACCCUUUCGGAGGAGAGCCAACCCGGGCUGGGGCAAAUGAUCCCAUUUGCAAAGAUUACCUGAAUCGGAAGUGCACGCGUGGGUCAGGCUGUCGUUACCGACAUGUUCCAGAGGAUGAUCGUGAUAUGGAUUAUGGAGGUUAUGGGUUUGACGGUCCCUCUGGUAAGCGUCGCCGGGAGUCAUAUGAAGGUCAAGGCUACUACUACCUUAUGGAUGAAAAUGAUGCAUUGCGGCGCAAAGUGGCUGAUCUGCAGAAGCAAGUUGCUGACCUAAAAGCUACAAAUGAAGUUCUUCUUGAACAAAAUGCAAAGUAUCGCAAUCAGAUUGGGGAGCGUGGCAGCUACAAUGGAAGUGGUGCCAGUGCAAACACUAGUUAUUCCAGCUAUGGUACAAGCUCCAGUCAAUCUUACAACACAUCAUAUCCACCACGGGAUACCUACAGCAGUUACCCUUCCACUAGUGGAAGCACUUCAUAUCCAUCAACAGGAAGUUAUACAUCUAAUACUGCUUAUGGCACAGGGUAUACCAAGUUUGAUUAGUAUACCCAGAUUGCAAAGAUAGUGUUUUUCAAACAGAAACAAUUAGUUAGAGUUGGCUUCCUGAUAGUAACCAGAACAGAAAAGAAAAUGAGUUGAAGGAUGUUGGGACUUCAAUUCUAUUCUCUGUUAAACUUUCAACUUUGACAUUUAUGUCUAUGGUCAGGGGUGAAGAAUGAAAUCAUUAUUGUAGGGCACUGCCAUGUCAGUCCACCCCUUGUAGUUUUACCUUUUCAUAAUUAUGUAGACUGGGAAAACCAUAUAUUUGUAACCAGUUGACCCUUUUUUUUUCUGAGUGACAUUAUGUUGUUUGCUGUUAACAAAUUCCACUAUGACAUUCUUAAGAUUCUCCUUGUUUGUUUAUAUUACUCACGCUUUUUCCUUAUGGGAGUCGAGUGAAAUAAAAAUCAUUAGCUUUUAACUCUAGGAGCUGAAAAACUUGCAGACAGUAAGAAAGAAAAAUAAAAUCGGCUAAAUAACUUUUAUUUAACACUGUUGCUUUGCAACUUUGUAAGGUUUCUGUUAUACAAGAUGCAUAAUAAGACAAAAAGGAUACCAAGCUAAAGUUUAAAAACAAUAGUAACGUAGAGAUAUGUAAAAUACUGUAAUAUAGCCGGAAAAAGACCGGUUUUCAAGCAGUUUUUUUGUGAAAUAAAGUUCCA